GUGUGUGAUAACCGUUACAUUUACGAACAUAAAAUACUUCACAAAUUAUUGAAAAUACAGAUCACAGAUGUCUGUCAAGUUUGGGAACACCUCAUCUGGUAUUACAAAUACAACAUAAACGCGUUUUUUGCGAAGUUUUAUUCUUUUUUUAUUUAUAAGUAACUUACGCGGUUUCAAGUACUUAUAGUUUUAUGACAAUGCCAAGUAAAAAGAAAAAAUAUAAUGCACGUUUCCCAGCGGGCCGAAUUAAAAAAAUUAUGCAAACUGACGAAGAAGUUGGGAAAGUUGCACAAGCAGUACCGAUCAUAAUUUCUAGAACAUUAGAACUAUUUGUACAUUCACUGCUUACAAAAACUAUGGAGAUUACAAGUGCCAAAAAUGCUAAGACUCUAAGUCCAUCUCAUAUGAAACAGUGUAUUUUGUCUGAAAGUCGUUUUGAUUUUUUAAAAGAUUUAGUAAAAUCAUUACCAGAUGUAUCAGGACCUGAUGAAGAAGUGCCUACACCACCAUUGACACCUGCUCCAAUAAAUACAAAUCUGUCAAAUACAUCUGUUUGUGCACCUGUAUUACGACAUUCUGAAGUAAGAACCCAGAAACAACAAAUGGGAUUCAGUACUGAAGUAAAUUUAGAAAGUAAAAAUUCAAAAGACAAUGGAGGAACAGGAAUACACAAUUCAGGUGGUGUUAAUGAAACAAUUAAAGACGCGUCUGUUCAACAAGUUCCAGAAUUUCAAAUAUCUGUGCCUGCAUCAUUUCAAAUUAGUCAACCUAACUUUUAUACAGAAGUUAAUCCUAUGAAUUUAAGUACAAAUACACCUGGUGUAAAUGCAAAUAAUCAGCCAACAUCAAAUUUUGCUCAUACUGCCACUCUUGAUGAAGACUAUGAUACAUAGUCAUUUUUUAAUACUAGGAUUAUAAAUUCAUACAUUAUUAAAUUUGAAACAAUUACAGAAGUGUUUAAUGGAGUGUCACAAAUUUUUGUUCAAACUAUUCAUCAUUAAUAAUUUAGAACAUAUGAUUUGCAUUAUUCGAACUGUUUAGUUAUUUAUAUAUGCUUUACCAACCAUCAAGUUUUGUAUUUUUAUAUUUGUUUCAUCAAAUUGCAUAAUUGUUUCGUUUAAACUAGUUAAAUUGAUGUAUUUGGUAUAUAUAAAUAUUUUGUACUGUUGUACUUGAUUAAUAUGAAGCAGUUAUAUUUUUAGUAUAUUACUUUAAAGUAUAUACAUACGUGUAUAGUAAGUGCGAAUAUUUGAGUUCACACAACUAUUGAAUACUACAAAACAUACCUAUAUUGCUAAUAUUCUGGACAUAGUUUCUGUCACUAUUCAUAUAUUUAUGCAGGUCCAUUGUACAUUUGUGUAGGUACAAACACUUAUUGUUAAGAACGUAGUUAGAUUUGUAUUUAGUAACUAUCAGAUUUUUUUUAAAUGUACCUCAUAUACUUUA